CCCGUUUUUUCUUCUUUAUUCUCUCAAGCCAUGCUCUCCUCCAUCACUCGUGCUUCGGUCAAACCCAAGUUUAUGGCAUCUCGUGCCUUCGUUUCCACUUGGAAUGCUGUUCCUCAAGGUCCACCCGAUGCAAUCUUGGGCGUUACUGAAGCCUACAAGAAAGAUCAAUCUCCCAACAAGAUGAAUUUGGGUGUUGGUGCUUACCGUGAUGAUAAUGGUAAACCCUAUGUCUUGAAUGCUGUCAAAAAGGCUGAAAAGUUGAUUAUGGAAAAGGGUCUGGACAAGGAAUAUGCUGGUAUCACUGGUGUACCUGCCUUCACCAAGGUUGCUGGUGAACUUGCUUAUGGAGAGGAUAGUUCUGUGAUCAAGGAUAACAGACUCGUUAUUAGUCAAUCUAUUUCUGGUACUGGUGCCCUUCGUAUUGGUGCUGAGUUCUUGAACCAUUGGUACCCCCACGCCAAAAAUAUUAUUGUUCCCAACCCUACCUGGGGUAACCAUAUUCCAAUCAUGAAGAAUGCUGGUCUUUCUUUGGAGAAGUAUACUUAUUUUGAUAAACAGACAAACGGCCUCAACAUCGAUGGCAUGCUCGAAGAUAUUUAUAAAGCACCCAAGAACACCAUCGUACUUCUUCAUGCCUGUGCUCACAACCCUACUGGUGUUGAUCCUACCCAAGAGCAAUGGGACCAAAUUUCCAAAGUCAUCAAGGAACGUGAACAUUUUGCUUUCUUUGAUAUGGCCUACCAAGGUUUCGCCUCUGGAGACUGUACUCGCGAUGCCUACGCUCUCCGUAAGUUCGUCCAAGAAGGUCACCAAGUCGUUUUGGCUCAAUCCUUUGCCAAGAACAUGGGUCUCUAUGGUGAACGUGUCGGUUCAUUCUCUAUUGUCUGUGCUGAUGCCGAAGAAAAGGCUCGUGUUGAGUCUCAAUUGAAGAUCAUCAUCCGUCCCAUGUAUUCUAACCCACCUAUUCACGGUGCACACAUCGUCAGCACCGUCUUGAACACUCCCGAAUUGAAGCAAGAAUGGCUCGGUGAAGUCAAAUUGAUGGCUGAUCGUAUCAUCACCAUGAGAGAAAAGCUUAGAGGCCACCUUGAAAAGGACUUUGGAUCAAAGAAGAGAUGGAACCAUAUCACUGACCAAAUCGGUAUGUUUUGUUAUUCUGGUUUGACACCCGAGCAAGUCAACAAGAUCAAGUCUGACUGGCACGUUUACUUGACACAAGAUGGUAGAAUCUCUAUGGCAGGUAUCUCUUCAUCUAACGUCAAGUAUCUUGCUGAAGCUAUUCACAACGUCACCAAGGAUUAAAAAUAUCGUGUAUUAUAGAAACUGUCAUCUCUCUUUUUUUUUCUCUUCUUACAUUCAAAUUAAAGCUACGCUUAAAAUAUAAAAUUUCUUGAAAUGUA